AUGCCAUGGCCAUUUUCAAAAUUCAGCCGGAAAAUGUCAAUCGACAGUGUUCCUGUAUCAGCUAUCGAUUUGUUGCCAAAGAAAGUUGAUCCACUAUCGGUGUUGCCAACUGAUCUUGCUGUUCGCAUUUUAUCGCAAUUGUCAUUGAGACAACGAACCAGGUGCGUUUUUGAUUUAUUUAUUUUUCUAGAGUUUUCAGAUGUUUGAUAAAAUGUGUGAGUUUUACUUGAGAAUAGAGAAGAAAAGUAAACAAUUUAUUUUCCAUAAAGUUGCACAUUUUGAGCAAAAUCCACAAAAAUGUUCAGAAUCUUUAGUUUUAUUUUUUAGGACCACCAUGUAUUCUCAUCAUUCUUUGUGCAAAAAUAAGACUCUUGAAAAAUGUUUACACGACAUGUUUUGUUCUUCUUCAGUCCAUUCUCCUUUCCAUCCUCCAUAUUUCUCCAAAAAAAAUCUUGUAAACAUCGGAUGAUUGACAAAAAAACUGACAAGAAAUUCGUCACUUUUUCGAAAAACCUUCUAAUCUUAUAAUUAAUCGAACCUUUGGGGAAUCGUUGAACUUUAGUCCAUCUAAUUUCCUAAAAAGGUCUUCUCCAAAUGUGCAACAAAAACUUUAAAGUUCAAUGUCCCUUGAGGUUUUGUUUUGCAUAAUUUUUGCAGAUUUUUCUUGACAUGAGCUAAACGAACAGAUGAUCCAUCUUGAAAACAAAAGAUCAGAAUUUCAACAAAAUAUCAGUUUUCAAACAAAAUAAGAUUAGUAAUUGUUUUUCUUUACAUUAUAUUUUUUGCACAUAGUUGUUUGUAAGCUGACCCAUCAAACAGUUGUCGAAUUUUUUGACAAAUUUUACGAGAUUUUUUCAAAUAAAAAAAAUGUGUGACGACCGACGCUUCUGUUCCAACAAUAGGAAAAGAAAAAAUGUGUUCAUCAAAUCUGAAGUACUCAAAAAGAACAAAAAAAAAUAUGAUGAUGACAAUCAAACACAUCACUUCUAUUCCAGAGAGACAGAAAUCUCAUAUUUUUCUGAAACUCUUCUAAAUAAAAAAUUCCGACUCAAACAAAUAAAUAAACAAAAAAUGCAUAUUCGAAUAAAUUUGUGUUGUCAAUCUUUUGAAUGUGUAAAAAUAUCAUUUCGUAUUUUUUCACUAUAUACACACCCAACUCUUGUCUUUUUUGCUGCCAUCUUCUUUUUUUCGUGUUCAUUUCAAUGCGUUUUUCUUCUCCUCACAAUUUUCGAGCUUUCAACUCAGCUUUUCAUCACUUUUCGUGCUUGUUCUUUAUACAGCUGGACACUGGCUAUUUUAUUCAAAGAAAAAACUGGACCCCAUUUUUCCGAAAUUUUAAUUGUUGUGUUCGAGUCAGUGUUUUUUUCCGAUACUGACAUCAAUUUUAUUUAUUUUUUAUUCUAUCCUAUUUUGAAAUUGGAAUAGAAAAAAGAGAAAAAGUAAAGUGCAUCCACUUAUUUUCAAAUCGAAUUACAGUGAGAUAAUUGAUGUUCUGCACAAAUUCGUUCGGAUUCCAUUUUAAAAUUGGAUUUUUUCGGAAAUUCAACGUUUUUUGACCAUUUGCUUUGUUCGAAAACUUGGAAUUCCAAAAUUCUUGCAUUUUUCAAUUAGGAAAAGUUUUAGUUGAAAAAAACUGUGUAGAUUUUCUUUAAAUAUUCGAGUUUCCACAACUUCUGAAUGAAAUAAUCCUGAAUUUUAGAAUUGUUCGCAAACUUGGAAUAAUGUUACAACUGUUCUAGUUUAUUUGGGGUUUUCGGGAACUUCAAACUUUAAACCAUUAAAAAUUCAAAAUUGAUUUGGUGUGGAAAAGUUCUAUAUUUCUUUCGAAUUUGAAGUUUUUUUUUUCAUUUUUCCGAGUUUUUUCUCUGAAUUUCCAGAAUUUCCUUGACAUAAAUCUAACUCCCACAAUAAUUUUGUUUACCUGAAAAGUUCAAACUUUUUCCUGACAACUGAUAUGACACCUGGUCAAGUUUUUUUCUCGUAGUUUUUUUUCAACUCAGACUUGUUGGAGUCAAAUUACUCUUCUGAAGUGUUUUCAAUCCGUUUCAAACCAAUUUUUUUACAAAGUAAAACAUUUUGAACCAAAAAAUAAGGUUUUUAGUUUUUAAUAAAAAAUCCGAAACAAAAAUAUUUGGAUUGCCAACGUUUCCCUAGAUUAUGCUAUCUGUUGGAAACACAUAAUUCAGUUCUGUGAUUUCUCAAAAUCCCAAGGUCCCACAUGUUAUUCAAAAAUAACCGCCAGACAAUCUGUUGCACUUUCAGCCAAUCAUAGCCCAAAGAAAGUCUAGCAUUCAAAAUAGAUCCCUCAUCCAAAAAUAAGUCAAAUCCAAUUCAUUUAAUCUUUCCGGACUAUUGAAAUUCCAAACCGGAAAGUGCAAACAUGCAACCAAAAUCAUAGAGUCCAAAAUGCAAGGCGGCAAGGAAAAGACAAAAAAAACUUUUUUGUCUUGACUGAGGCAUGAAAAAAAAAUCAGAACUAAAAUUCCCAUGUGUCACUUUUUUUCUCGCAGCAGCAAAAAAUGAAACAUGCUCGAAAUCCCGCCCUUUUUUGCUUUCCUUUUUGUUUGCUUCACCCACCCAAUGUAGAUAUAUUUUGGUGGUACUAUUGGUGGAAGAAGGAAUAGAAUAAGGAGCAAAAAAAAAGAGUUUUUGGAAGGCGAGAGGAGACAAGAAGCGACAACUGCAGCAGCUCUUUUCUUUCUUCUUCUUGUUCUACAACUCUUUUCCAUUUUUUUUCAUGCUUCUUCCUUUUUUGGGGUCUCUCUCUGGAGACACUCGUCCUUGGGUGCUUUUUUUGUUGUUGUUAUUGUUGUUGUGAUUUCUAUUUUCAUCUCUGUUUUCAUUCCUAUUCCAGUCAGAUAUGUUCUGAAUUUGUACAAUCUAGUGUUUUCAAAAAUAUAUUCAUAUAUAGACGACCAAACAUAGUGUGAUCCAUGAAAUUUAAUCUAGCACUUUCUAUUUUUGGCUUUUUCAUGUUGCUGUUUUUUUUUUCAUAGUAGUAUGCUUCGUACUACUAAAUUUUCAGACAAUUCAAAUUGAUCCAAAAGACAAGGGUCAUAAAAUUUUAUUGUUCAUAAAAUUACCAGGAAGCAUACGUUUUUUCAUGUGUUCUGUUCUGAAAAAUUUUUUGUUUUAGAUUUUUUUCUCGAGAAAAAACUGAUUCGAAGUUUUUUAUUUGAGAUUCUGUUAAAUAUCUAUUAAAAUUUUUUUAAAGUAAAUUCUUCAAAACUUUUGAAAUUUAAUAAAAAAUAUUCACAGGUUAGAACUCCGAAUUGAAAUUAUUGUUGAUCAUAUUAUACUUUGAGUUAUAUGUAGAUCUCUAAUUCAGCAACAUUUUCCUACUAUAAUGAUUUUUUAAUUCAUUUCAAAAAAUUUAAUUCAUCUAGAAAUUUACCACUCUCCUCAACCCUAUUUUUAUUUUUCUCACAAUCUCUUCUCCCCGAAAAAUUGCAGGUUUUUAAAAUCAACACAUUGAAAAAAAUGUAAUUGUUUUUUCCUCAAACAAAAAAAAACUCAUUUACUUCCUCCCUCGUUUUUUGUGUUGCUCUCACUGAACUGCAAAAUCCUCUUUUUGGUCGUAAAAAGUAACACUCCAGACGAAAGCGAAAUUUUCACACUUGUGUCUUGGAGCACAGACGCUGAAAAAAACAACAAAUAAUUUUAGAAGCUCCCCUCUUUUUUUGAGAAUAUAUGUAUGUAUACAUUUUUAUGGGUGUUAUGAAUGAUUUUAUUUUAUUUUAGUGCAUACUCAAGUCAGGAAAAAUGAAUAGAAAUUGAAUUAUUUUUCGAAUAUCUUCUCCUCUUCUUUAUUCAAUUAUAAAUCUAUAAGACACCAAUUCAAUUUUUCCGUCGAUAUUUUUUGUCUCAAAAAUAUACAUAAAAACAACAUACAUCUUAACCUAAUUGGCAUCUUGUAGUACACCAGAAAUUUCGAAAUUUUUUAUGAUUUUUUUGGCUCAACCCCGCCCUCAUUUUCUUCAUUCAUUUUCUGUUUUUUUUUUCAGAUCUGAGCGUGUUUCUAAAAAGUGGAAAGAAACUGUGAUGGAAGCAACGAGGAAUGAAACUAAACCUGUAUGGGUUUAUAUUAUUUUCAGAAAAAAUCAUUGCUCAGGUUAGUCAAUUUUUCUAGCCAGUCAUAAUUGAAAAACUUUUGCAGGGCAUGAAAAAAUGACAGUAAAUAUCAGUUUCGAUGGUCCAAUUUUCUGGAAACGUCAAGUUGCUUAUAUUUAUUGCUGUUCGUGUCAUUUUGAUGAGCAUGAGGUAAAUUUAGUUUAUCUAGAAACAAACAUGUUUUCUGAUCCUUCAAAAAUAUUGUGUCCCUCCCUAUCCGGUUAUUAAUCUUUGAGAUGUUUUUCAAAGAUACCUGGUAUACUGUAGUUAUCCCAUGAGACCACCCAGUCUAUUAUGAACACUUGCAAGAAAAAAAAACAAACAUUGACUAAUAAAUGAAUGUUGUUUCUACAAAAACAUUGGUGUCUGUCUAUGUUUUUCUGUUGGUGGAGGAACACAAAACGAUCCAUCAAGGAGAGCAGGCAUAGAGCUCUUUUAGAGAGUUUUAUACGUAUAUGUAUAUUCAAAUUGUGUUUUUAUUGCCUUGCAUUUGUUAGUCAUUCAUUGGGCUUUGAACGGGAAAACACAGAGACAAAUUCGUUUUUGUUUUUUUUUCCCGAUCUGGAAAAUAGAGAGAGCAUUAAUUGGAAAUUGGCUCCAACACAGGAUAAAUUAGGAUUUUCCUGAUGAGCAAGCAACGCACCAAAAAUUACAUAAUCAUUUGCUUUUAGGAUUUCACUUCGGAUAUCGAAUUUCAAUCUGAGAUUUUUUGAAAUGUGAUAUAAAAAAUCGUAAAGUUUCAAAUAGAAAGAAAAACGAAAAAACUAAAAAAAAUUCUUUGAUUCCAUCCACUCAAGCGAAGCGGAAUGAAAAUUGUUGCAAAUCGGAUUAGGGGGAGCCAAAAAAGUUGUAUUUUUUCCAGGGUCCACUCAUGGCAAUUUUGGAGAAAUUCGAGCAAAGAGUUGAACGAGUUUGUCUUGUUGAUAAACCAGUUGAUUAUCCAUUCUUGCCAGAUUCACUUUUCUCAUAUAUGGCAAAGAAAAUGCCACAACUUCAGGUAACAGCACGAUUUGAGUACAAAAAUAUAUCAUCGUAAUUUUUUGUAGUUCAUAUAUCUUCGCGAACUUGAUCUCGAAAAAAUUAAUCGUGGAACAGUUGUCGAAUUGGCAAAUCAUCAAAACUUGAAAAAGGUCAUUGUACAUCUUUGCAGAAAUUAUGAAGUUUUGGAAGAUUUCCGAAAUUUACCACAAUUAUUAGUUGUCAAGGGCGAAAUUAUGGGUUUAAAGGUAACUUUAUUAGUUUUUGAAUUUACAAACAAAUUUUGUUAAUUGAAAAAAUUAUCCGUAAAUUUAAGGCUAUGCUUGGUGACUUUGAAGAAGAAAUCGCAAGAUCUCAAGCUGAAAAUGAAGCAUCAGAAUCAGCAGUUCGAGCGUCAACAGCUUCACCUGUACCAGUCACUAAUGGAUCAUAA